AUGGGAACAGGUUGGGAACUAACCAAGCCAUUGCUUGAAAAGAUAUACAAAUAUGCUGCUUUCGAUCAGACACCGAUCUCAUUAAGACUGAUGGUUCAAUUUGGACCAAACCCUUCACCGGGAUCAAUAUUUUUGGCUUCACAAUUUAUAGUGGAAGAAUUGCCUAUUCGAUUGGCGAAGAAGGUGAAAUCGCUUGAAAAUGCCCCUUUGGGUCUUGAUUCUAUGCCCUCCACUAUCAAGGUGAAGAAUUGGUACGCUCAGUCGUUUCAAGAAUUGACUGAGUUGAAAAAACCAGUCAUUGAUGAGAACUUACGGCAGAUGCUUCUGUCCAGUGAAGAGUCUCGCUCUGAUGAUUCAAGGACGUCAUCUAGUAUUAACAAUGAAUCAGGAGUGGCUACUAAUGGAUCUUCUAGUGGAGUAUCCAAUACCUCGGCUCCUCCUUCCAAUUCAGAAUAUACUCCAUUUUCUGAUUUUUCCGAUGAUGAUGGAAUCGUUUAUCGUUCAAGGUACCUGCCUUCUCCAUAUGCACAAACCGAGGAUACUUCUACUACCACAUCUAUUCAGUCUUCUCCUACGGCUAAUAAAUCUUACUACAACCCAUGUCCUACAAACAUUGUAUGGCCCAAAGAGGUGUAUGACUACAAUAAACUGGUGUGUGAUGCUUUAACCAAGAUCAAAAAACGUCAUGAUGCCACUGUGGCCACCAUGGCACAAGGAGUGAAGGAAUGGAAAUCAGAGCAUCAACUGGUGUUUGUUAAUUCUCAGAUCCAGGCAUUUUUGGAUAAAUUUUACAUGUCUAGAAUUGGGAUUCGAAUGCUUAUUGGACAGCACAUUGCUUUAAAUAUGCAGCAGGCUUCACCUACUCGACAGAGAUUAUCAACUUUUUUCAAUGGUAAAAAUGGAUCAUCUUCAUCCUCGUUAUCAUCAUCAAAUGGUUCUGCUAAUGGCUCGUCAAAUAGACUUUCCAAGCCUAACUACGUUGGUGUCAUAUGUACUGAUUGUAAUGUUUCAGACAUUGCACAGGAUGCCAUUGAUACUGCUUCAUACAUUUGUGAAGAACAUUACGGACUAUUUGAAGCCCCAGAAAUACAAUUGAUAACACCAAACAACGAUAUCAACUUCAUGUAUGUUCCUGGCCAUUUGAUUCAUAUGUUGUUUGAAACAUUAAAGAACUCCCUUAGGGCUACCAUUGAGUUCCAUACGCCUAAAUUGAAACAGCAGUAUCUACAAGAGAAUCCUGGAACAGAUGCAAACUCCAUAGAUUUAAAUGAUCUCAAGUUCCCUCCUAUAAAGGUAAUUAUCUCUGAAGGCUAUGAAGACAUAGCUAUCAAAGUCAGUGAUGAAGGAGGAGGCAUUGCUCGUUCAGAAGUCCCAUUGAUUUGGACUUACUUAUACACAACAGUUAAAGAAGCCCCCACCUUAGAACAAGAUGGUAAUAAUAAUAGCUUCAGAGCUCCAAUGGCCGGAUUCGGGUACGGGUUACCUAUUUCUCGGUUAUAUGCUCAAUACUUUGGAGGUGACUUGAAGUUAAUCUCCAUGGAAGGUUAUGGUACAGAUGUUUACUUACAUUUGAAUCGGUUAUCAUCUUCUCUGGAACCCUUACCUUAG